UGGAUGUUCUUAGCGUUUGCUCGUGUCAAGGCUAGUUGAGGUAAUUUAUUAUUGCUAGUCUCAGGAAGUAGCUAGCUAGCUGCCCUGCUAAUGUAGAUAGCAGCUGGGUCUGGUUGUCUGCUGAUGGUGCUUUCAAGACAAAUGGGAACUCGGAAACGUACACGAGGUCAAGUCAUGACAUCAGUGAUCUUCAGGUCGGAAAGUCGGAGUUCUAGAAAGAGGCCCGAGUUUCCAAACUUUUUUUCGGAGCUCUUGGGUGACAACGUUACGAAAAUGAUCCAUCCGCAUCGAUGUGGCCCAGAAGCCGUGCGUUAUUAAGAUUCUGAGUGGUCAGAUAGCUAGUAACAAUGAAAUGAAGCUGGCAUGUGGGGAAUCGUGUUUCAUGUGAGCCUGGUAUGAUCUGUCCUCAGUACUAUUUACACUGGAAGAAAAAAGGUUUGAAAUAUCUACCAAAAAUGUUGUAACUGUAAGUCAUCCUGGAUAAGUGCUAAAUGACUAAAAUGUAAAAAUGUUUUGUUUUUUUAAUAGUUGCAGUGAAAUGUGUUAUGUUACAGGGUCAGCCAUAGUAUUAAGGCGUCCCUGGAGCAAAUGAGGGUUAAGUGCCUUGCUCAAGAGCACAUCGAAAGAUUUUUCACCUUCAGCAACAUUUCAGUUACUGUCCCAAAUCUCUAGCUGCUAGGCUACCUGCCGCCUAAAAGAUGUACAUUUUCAUUCAGUGAUAAUGCAACCAUUUGAUUACUUGCAAUUUGUGUUGCUUCUAAAGUAGCUGCACUUCAUUUAGCUAACUUGAUUGCUCAGUUUAUAAAUGCAUGCCGAUUUGUUUAUUUGAGAAUCAGCAUGGUGUGUAAAACAUUUAUACUUGAGUUUUCAUAGAUACUGUAUGGCAAAGUUGUUUUUCUAUCCGAUUCCCACUUAAACAAUGUUUGCUCUCUGUCUUUGCAGAACAAAUAUUAAUAUGAAUGUAUUAAACUGUACUGAAAUAUCACCUUGUUAGCCCUCUUCUCUCUAUUCUGUACUCCAGGCCUGCCCAUUGGCAAAUGGUAUCCUUAUUCGACUUGGCUUCCUUUGGGAGAGGCUAACUGUGUGGCAGUAUGUCAAAUGGGAACGAGUCCUGCAUGUUCAGAGAUGGAGCCGAGUUUGUGGCCUGCAUCUUCCACGCAUUUGAGGAAUGGUCAGGACUAGGACCCCUGGAAGACUAUCUGAGCUAUCUGGAGUACCUGGCCUGGGUUUUCACACCUCUGGUUGUUGUUUUCAUCCUGCCCUUCCUCAUUGUGAUCCUCCUCUACCUCUCCAUACUCUUCCUCCAUGUGUACAAACACAAGAACCAGCUCAGGGAGGCCUACUCCAACAACCUGUGGGAUGGUGCUAGGAAAACUCUGGCAACGUUGUGGGAUGGCCACGGGUUCAUAUGGCACGGAUAUGAAAUCCAUGGUAUGGAGAAGAUUCCAGAUGGAGCAGCUCUUAUAGUCUAUUAUCAUGGGGCUAUUCCCAUCGACUAUUAUUACUUUCUGGCAAAUGUUAUCAUUCAGAAGGGACGGAUUGUUCACUCAGUCGCUGAUCACUUUCUGUUCAAAGUUCCAGGGUUCAAGCUGCUGUUGGAGGUGUUUAGUGUGAUCCAUGGGCCCCAGGAAGAGUGUGUGAAGGCACUGAAAAGUGGCCACCUCCUGGGCAUCUCACCUGGAGGCGUGAGGGAGGCGCUCCUCAGUGACGAGACCUAUCCACUGCUCUGGGGGAAGAGGAAGGGCUUCGCACAAGUGGCUAUCGAUUCCAAAGUGCCAAUAAUUCCAAUGUUUACUCAAAACGUCAGGGAAGGAUUCCGAUCUCUCGGCGGGUUAAGCUUUUUCAGAUGGUCGUAUGAAAAAUUCCGCGUGCCGAUGGCCCCUGUCUAUGGGGGUUUUCCUGUGAAGUUUCGUACGUACUUAGGUGACCCCAUCCCAUAUGACCCUAACAUUAGUGCAGCAGAGUUAGCUGAAAAGACCAAACAAGCAGUUCAAGCACUCAUUGACAGACACCAAAUGAUUCCUGGGAAUGUCCUUCGAGCACUACUAGAGCGAUUCCACAGCAGGCAGAAAGAAAAAUAGCCUUUUGAAUAGCCAUAAGGAAUAGCCUUUUUUUGUUUGUUAUAUGAAGCAGUUACAUAUUUUAUGACAAACUGUUACAUAUUGAAAGUAUUAUCAUGUGAUCAGUUGAAUGGUUAACUACAGAUUUGGAUCUUAAUUUGAGCCAGUCUCCUAUAGCAGGAAAGUAAUCCUGUAGAUUAUUAUUAAUGGAAAUUUUUGUAGCGGUUGAUACAUUUUUCAAAAGGAAAAAUCUACUUUGAAAUGACAAACUUCAGAAGCCUUUUUAACCUCAAAUACACUACAAAGUUCUCCUACAACAGGCUGAUCAAAUUAAGGUCCUGAACCUAUACAUUAUUAUUGUAGGUGUAUCUUCAGGAGCUUUUUGCACUCAGAUUUUGUCACAAAACAAUACGUACCGAAGGUAUAAUACACCGUAAUUGGUUAAUGUCAAAUGUGCAUAUUGAAGAAAUUGUAUAGUGUUUUUUUUGUGCAAGUAUGUAUAUACUUUGAUUCCACAAUUGAUUUGCACACAUUGUUCUAAGUUCCACCACUGCCAACAAUUUAUAUUUAAGAGGCCUUUAUUUUGCUUAAUAACUGCAAAUAUUGAAACGAUAUAGCAAUUGCUAUAUAAGAAGCAAUAUAGGUAUGAAGACCGGGCAGCUUUAUUUCCUUUCACCUGGGUAAAAUGUUUGAAAUUUACUUAAAUAAUUGUGUAAUUUCCCCCCAAAAAUGUAUUGUGUACAUUAUGUGGAAUUAUGUAAGUAUGUACUGUAGUUGUAGCCUAUGCACCUUUUAAAUCUAUUGAGGUCCAUUAUGAAACAGGACAGAAAUGAUUUGUAAUGUUAAAAUAAAUAUAUUUUAUUAUGAGUUUUGUGUGUUACAAGUCAUUUCUGUUAUUACAAAUACUUAGUUUACUUAAGAAAUGGAAAUUGAGCAACAUACAGCUACACCAAGAUAUUUGACGUGGUUUUGAAAAAGAUAUUUUACAUUGUUCUUCCAUAAACAUGGGUACAUUUUCUGCACUAGUGUUUUAAUGUUUCGAUACAACUUUAAUCAAGUAAUUAUUUAUGGCCUAUGAAUCAAAUUGAACUAAUGUGCAAAAGUUCACUAAUGUGUAACCUAUUCUAAAACACGUUUAGUGUAUUUCUCUGUACUAAAAUGUAUUUCUCUGUACUAAAAUGUUUUGGUGGUAAGGUAUUCUGCUUACAGGACGAGCAGAGUUUUGAAUGUUGUUUGAGAUUGCUCAGUUUGUUCACAAUUCCUGGAGGAGACGGGGAAAUGUACUUUGUAGUGUGGCUAGAUGGUAGCUGUACUUUCCAUGGUUAUUGUGUAUACUUUGUCAAAUGUUAUUUUGGUUUUCAGUACAAGGAAAUUGGUACUGUGUUUAGUAGCGUAUUGUAAGGCCAUGUGUGCUGGGCACCGGUAUGACACUUAAAUAAAUCACAUCAAUACA